GCAUAUCGCAUAGACGUGAGCAAGACUGUAGAUAUUCUUCCAUCUAUUCCAAUACAUCCAAUCGGUUACGAUGACGCUUCACAGCUCCUCAGACGUAUGGGAGGAGAGGAGGUAGAUAGUGACUGGGCAGGGAGUCUACCUCUGGAGAAUGGUUAUCGAUACGGACCUGGAUUUGCUGAUCAGUAUUCUAACAUGUCUGUUAAAAUGUCUGUGUUCACAAAGAAUGUUCAAGGUUAUGCAUGGAACGUUAUCGGUGUUAUUCCCGGCAGUAUCGAACCGGAUCGUUACGUGUUGGUUGGUAACCAUCGUGAUGCAUGGGCGUUCGGUGCCCUAGAUCCGUCUAGCGGUACCGCUUGCAUGCUAGAACUUAGUAGAGCUGUUGGCGUCCUCGUCAACAACGGAUGGAAGCCUCGUCGUAGUAUCAUGUUUUGUAGCUGGGGUGCUGAGGAACAAGGAUUGAUUGGAUCUCAUGAAUGGGUUGAGGAGUUUACCAAGACACUUGGUAUACGAGUUGUUGCUUACAUUAACGUGGAUGUAUCUUUGUAUGGGACCUGGGUACCUGACAUUGUUGCUACGCCCAAUCUUGCCCGUCUGAUACGAGAAGCAUCUAAAGUGAUACCUGAUCCUGAUGGCAGUCGUCAAACUGUUUAUGAUACCUGGAAAGCACGAGGUACACUUAAUGAGGACGAUGAGCCAUAUAUCGGUACUCCAGGGUCGGGAUCAGACCAUGGUUCUCUCUUGCACAUGCUUGGAGUGUCUGCAUUGGAUGCAUUAUAUGACUUUAAUCGUGAAGAAGUCCCUAUUCGAGGGUAUCCUAUGUACCACUCGGUGUAUGAGACCUUCGACCUCGUAUCGAAGUAUUACGACCCAUCGUUCAAGUUCAUGCUCGCUAUUGGUCAACUCAUCGGCGAGGUCAUGAGGCAACUCACCGAUACCGUCAUCAUACCCAUGGACGUUGCUGACUACGCCAGCGCGGUUGAGAAAUAUUUUAUCCAGCUAAGAGAUGGGGAUAUUGGAUCAAGGAUGACGCAACAAGGAUUAUCCUUUGAAUACAUGGAGUCGGCGGUAAAUAAUCUGACUACUGAGGCAUAUGCAUUCAAAGAGAGAUUAAACAAUCUUGAUCUGAACGAUAUAUUAGCAGUUCGAGCUGUGAAUGACCAGAUCAUGUAUUUGGAUAGGAUGUUCAUCAAUCCCAUGGGUCUCAGCGCGGAAAGAAAAUAUGAAAAACAUGUCAUCCUCGCUCCCAGCAGCAAGAACUCGUACGCCGGGGAAAAGUUUGCGGGUAUCGUGGACGCCAUGUUUGAAAUUGAUAUCAAUCCCGAUCCUGAAAAAUGGGAAUAUGUAAAAAUGGAGUUGGCUCAGGUCACCUAUUUCAUCCAGUCAGCAGCUUACAUGUUGCAACCCGUUUGAUAAUGAGUAGAUGUUCAUUUCAUACUUUAAUGUUAUACAUUGCGUUUAAAAAGUUUACAUGUACGCUUUGAAAUAAUCCUAUAAAAUGAUCUAUUUAUAAUAUCUUGCAAAUUUUUUCCACAUUUAUGUAUUUUUUACAGUCCUCUAUAAGCGAAUGACGAUAUGACUGUCCACAAAUCUUUCCGCUUAGUGAGCACCACUUUUGAAAAAUAUUCGUCAAAAAUUAUUUGCGCAAAAUUUGAAAACAGAUGAAUAAGAGUAAAUGUUUAUCAUGAGAGCAUUGGCUUUAGCUAGGAAGAUUGAUUUGAAGAUAUCUUUUGCCAUUUUAACUUGUUUCAUUGCCCAAAACAUUCCUUCGAGCGCCAAUGUGCCCUCUCUCCCUUCCACACACCUAACAUCGUGAUGAUAUCUGCUUCACAUGUAGCAGUGAUUCGCAUGAAAUGACCAAGGCUUGAUUUUUCUUCGUUGUUCAUUGUCAUGCCUGGGAAAAGUGUGGAAAAACAAGUAUUAGAUGUAUUAUGAAAAUAUCUUGAAAUGAAAAAAAAAUAAUAAAAGACAAUUCUGGAAUUGUCUGAAAUAAACACAUGGUUUUGUUUCAUGUUCUGAGAUCCAGCUAGCACGAAAAGGUAACAGCUGUGCUAACUAAUGGUUAAAAUGUUGAUUUUGGUAGCAAAGUUGUUUCCAAAAAUAAAAUGUAUGUACAGC